CUGGCUUUACGGCAGAGUUCCGUCUUCCACAUGGCCACUGGAUCGGCCAUAUAAAGAACAUACUGUCAGCGUUUGGAUUGGAUGAUACACGCAGCACUAACAAAGUAACCUCACACUUUAGAGGGAGCAGAGAUGGGCAAAAGCCGAAACACGAAAUUCAAACGUCCGCAAUUCAACUCGGUGGGUCUGCCGGUGAGUGCGGUGAAGGAAACGGACCGAGAGGAAGAGGAGGUCGGAGAAGACGACUGUCCUGCUUCAGAGUUGUUGGAGAAGCUGCAGAAUCCCAAUCCAGAUGUGCGGGAGUUUGCAUGUGCCAGCAUCUCUCGUGUGGUGCAGCAGAGCAACACCAUCCCAGGAUUCCUGCAGAGGGACGCUGUCAGGCGGCUGGGUCCAAUGCUGCUGGACAGCAGCCUGGCUGUCCGGGAGACAGCAGCUGGAGCUCUCAGGAAUCUGAGUGCAUGUGGGGGUCAAGAGGCAUGUGAGGACAUGGUGAAGCGUGAUGUCAUGACUCCUCUGACAGCCCUGCUCAGAGAGUGCUGCUCUGGUUUCGAUGCUGCUGCAGUGCCUAUGAAAGACGGGAAGAAUGCUGUUGAGGAUGUUGCGAAUGAGGCUGUGAAUUUACUUUGGAACCUCUGUGAGUGCAGCAACCAGGCCCUGUCCAUCUUCAACAAGUCUGCUCUCCUUGAUGUUGUGGUUCAGUGUCUGGAGAGACACCCGUACAAUGUGGAGCUGGCCAUAUCUGCUGCUCACUGCCUGCACACUGUGACUGAAGACAACCCGGAGCUGCUCUGUAGCAUGAACACUGCCGUUCUCGGAGCUCUGGAGAAGGUUCUUCUCUCAUCUGAGCAGAGCAUGUCACACGUACUUCUCAGGACGCUGUCUGCUGGCACUCUGUGGAACCUCAAGGGUGGCCUUCCUGUGGCUCGCCAGGCCCAGACCUUCAACGCCAUCCUGGCAACACUUUCCCAAUGCCUGGAUGUGGAUGCUGGGUCGUUGAUUCUUGAGCUGAGACGAGCAGAGGAGGAACGCCACAGGAAUGUGACAGCCUCAGGAGAGGUCGAGGACCUAGCUGCAGGAGAGCUCGGGGUGGAGGAGAUGGAGGACGACGUGGAACCACUGAAACACAACAAGAAUGGAAAAGCUGUGGACACCGACCUCUCAGACCUGCUUCCUAAGGGGAAGGAGGAGCUGAAGGAGGCAGUGGCCUUGCUGACAGCCCAGCAGACGUCUUUGGAGAUCAUCGUCAACAUGUGCUGCUCUGACGAUCCGUCCGACGACGAGUGGGAGGAGUCAUCCAGCAGUGACGAGAGUGAAAUGGGCGCAGACAACAUUAGUGAAGGGGGAGCCGGUCUGAUGUCUCCACUGUGUUUGUCAGCCGAAGUUCAUGGCUCCUUGAUCAAUCACAGCAUCCCAGAGAAGGUGCUGAAGAAGACUCAGUUCCCCAGACAGGAAGCGGUCGAUGUUUGCCAGCAGACACUCUCGUGGAAAUGCCUGAUUAAAAAGAUGCAGCGGGUGCAGUCGCGAGCUUUGACAUGUCUCCACAGCAUCCUGUCCUCCAUGGACGCGGAGUCACUUGGAGGUGCAGCACCUCUGCAGGGUGUGGCUCAGCACUUGUCCACCCUGGUGUUUGGUGGGGCAGAGCUCCCUAAAGACGAUGAGUUUCUCGAGGCUGUGAUUAGUGCCUUGCGGGCUCUUCUUCUGAUGACCGCGUCCAAAAAUAUACCACAGUCCAUCAGCCCCCAGCAGCUUAUGUCCCUGUGUGAAGCAGCCAGUCACAGCAACAUCAUCACUGUGAGGGUCAACGGCGUUGCCAUUCUAGGCAUCACUGGCAGCACUCUCGCCAAGGAGAAGGGCACUGCUGAAACGCUGCAGAUGAUAGGAAACGCGUUGCUCCAAGUGGCAACCAAAGAUGCUGACCUGGUCGUCAACGGGGAAGCCCUUGAUGCCUUGUUUGAUGUUUUCGCCGAUGGAGAGGAGGCAGAGGCCGCAGCCAAAAAUAUCCAGUUGCUUUCUGCACUGAAGGCAUUUCAGCCUGUAUUCAAGGCCAAGAUUCGCAAAGAGGGGCGGGGCAGGUACAGCCCUCAGCAGCUCUGCGUCCUGGACAACAUCAAGGUCAACUUGAGGAGGUUCAUUGGCUACCUGGAGAAAGUGAUGAAAAAAUGAUCACUGGAUAUGGAUCAGAAACAGGGGUCGGAAACCAUUAAUUAUUUAUUACAUGAUGCUCUGUUUACUUUAUUUUUAUUCCUCUUGAGUGGACUUGAGUUCAUUUUUACGUUUUUGUUUCCACGUUUAGUUGUAAAUGCUAUUUUGAUUGUUGUCAAGAGACCUAAUUCAUUUGGGAGAGGCUUUCAAUUAGUGUCUGUGAGUGUCAUCAGAAAGUACAUCGGUUUUUCCGUGAGUUACUGUGACUUCAAUUUGUAAAACAUUUUUCUAACCUUUGGUGGUUACAUAUUUUUAUAAUAUUCACAAACUCUUCGCUGUCACUACCAUGUGCAUACUUCAAACAAUAUUUUGGAAAACUUUACCUGCGCGAAAUUACUUCAGUAAUACAUAUGUGUACUAUGUUCCUGUUGAAUCAAUCAACAGAUGCAGAUCAU